AAGCCACGAGAUUUUUAAAAAUCUGUAAGGAUGAUCGAAAAGCAGAAAUUGGAUUCAGACAGAUAUGAGUGGAAAAUCACAGUCUCCAUACACAGCUGAGAGGAAUCCCCGCAAUAACAAGCUCACGUCUUCCACAUAAUCCUUUCUCUCUUCACCCCCACCAUAAAGAAACAAACCCCAUAAACGCCUUCCCUCUCUACUUGGAAUGACGCAAAUGGCAUUCCCCCAACUCAUCCCCUCUGCUUCAUCUUCCUCGUCCUUCAACCCCAAUAAACUUGCCUACUCUUCCAAUCCUAAUCUUCAUUUCCCUUCACGGCCUCUUCUUCGCUGCCGCCUCCCCCACUUCCGUCGCCGCCGGCGGCAUGAUUCCCUCCGCUGCUCUGCCUCAUCUUUCUCGGAGAAGCACCACACCAACUCCCCCAAAUCAGACGACGUGGUGGAACUCCCUCUUUUCCCUCUUCCCCUUGUUCUCUUCCCCGGCGCUAUCCUUCCUUUGCAGAUCUUUGAGUUCCGUUACCGCAUCAUGAUGCACACUCUCCUUCAGACCGAUCUUCGUUUCGGGGUUAUCUACUCCGACGCUCUUUCCGGCACAGCCGACGUUGGCUGCGUCGGUGAAGUCAUUAAGCACGAGCGCCUCGUCGAUGACCGUUUCUUCUUAAUCUGUAAAGGCCAAGAGCGGUUCCGCGUCACCAACCUUGUCCGCACCAAGCCCUACCUGGUCGCUCAAGUGACCUGGCUCGAGGAUAGGCCGUCCGCGAAUGGCGAAGAGGACCUUGACGGUUUGGCCACUGAGGUGGAGACCUAUAUGAAAGAUGUCAUACGUUUAUCCAAUCGACUGGGGGGAAAACCGGAGAAGGAAGUGGGGGAUUUGAGAAGGAACCUCUUUCCCACGCCUUUUUCUUUCUUUGUAGGCAGCACAUUCGAGGGCGCGCCUAGAGAGCAGCAAGCUUUGCUUGAAUUGGAGGACACUGCCACAAGAUUGAAGAGGGAGAAGGAAACCUUAAGAAACACGCUUAAUUACUUGACUGCUGCCUCAGCUGUUAAGGACGUCUUUCCUUCUUCUUAGUAGAGGUUGAAAUUUCAAAACAGAGGAGGAAAGUGAAUAGUAAAUUCGCUCAAUGAAGCAUUCUGAGAAGCAACGAGGAGGUAAUUUUCCGUACUCUGGCUCUUUUGUAAUUACACUGGCAGGGUUUGGGAAAGUUGUAAAUUUUGGUGUGUAAUUGAACAUGCUUGAUCUUAAUCGUAGCCUGUAGUUGCCUAUUAUUUGAUUUUGUGAUAAUGCAGCCUGUAUACACGAUACGAUUUGGGAAAAAAGAAGUAUUGUCGUUACCAA